GUGUUUGGAAACCUUUGGUGGACUGAACUUUUUUGUACAUUUUCAAUAGCAAGUAGGUUCAUAGACAACGAACUUAUAACAUUCAUCAAUACUUCAUAUGUCGUUAUCGUCUAUGUUGCUGUGUCGUUUAUUCAGCAGAUUUUGGUUUCUGUGAGACCAGAUGAGGAAAAUAUUAAACAGCGAAAGAUUGCAAUAGUCCUAUCGAUAGUGAAAAUUGCAGUUGCAAUAUGGGCAAUAAUCCAUGAUCAGUGGAUCGAGACAAAAGAUCUUUCGAUAAGCCCGGCUGUGGACACCAUUCUGUUUAUUGAUGCGAUACUGCUGUCGUGUAUUCAGCACUACUUUCUUGUCAUUGAUGGCAAAAAUUUUGGUAGUGGGUUAAAAGAAUAUUUGGCACUUAAGACAGUGCAAUUAAAUCUGAUAGACUAA